AUGGCUGGCGACGCUAUGGCAUCGCUCGGCACCUCGAGCGGAACAAACAAACCAGCUUACGUUGGCCGACGCUUUACACUUGGCGUCAAGAACAAGCCGGGAGUGUCCAGCGGCUCACAGUGCAGUGGCACACUCGUGGCCACAUACGGUGAGAGCUACGGCCCAACCCUCUACGCCAACUCGUCAUUCUCUGGCACUUGUGGCCCAGCCACUUACACAACCGAUAACCUGGGUUACCACUGGACACCUCAGUGGUGGGAUGACGCCAAGUUUGGCAUUUUCAUCCACUGGGGUCUCUACAGUGCCCCUGCCUGGGGCGGCGCGACCCCGAACGAGAACUAUGCCGAAUGGUACUGGUACCGUUCGCAUCAAUCAGACUUCAACCCUAGCUACUAUAACUACCAUAAGGAGACAUAUGGCGAGGAUUUUAACUAUGAUCAAUUCAUUUCCAACUUCACUGAUGCCGGUUGGGACCCCCAGCAGUGGGUUAAUCUCUUUGCCAAUGCAGGCGCCAAGUAUUUUGUGCCCGUAACAAAACACCACGAUGGUUUCUCACUUUUUAACAUGCCCUCGAGCAUUUCGAAGCGCAAUUCGGUGGUCUGGGGCCCAAAACGCGAUUUCAUCGGCGAUCUGUUCGCCGCUGCGAAACAGUAUCAGCUAGACUUGAAGAGAGGCAUUUACUUCAGCAUGCCUGAAUGGUACAAUCCCGCGUACGCCAAGUACGCAGCCUGCUUGGCCGGUUGCAACGACUUUGGUAUUCCUGACACCAACCCCUAUACCGGAGCGAAUGUUACCUACACAGGCUAUGUUCCAGUUAACGACUUUGUCCUCGAUAUUCAACUCUCGCAGAUGAACAUCCUCGCCAACGAAUACGAAACUGACUACAUGUGCCGCUGUGGCUACGCUGUGGACAUGAGCAACCCCGAAUAUGAGUCUGGCUUCAGUACUCACGCCGGUAGCUGGGAGUCGAACCGUAGCAUGGACCCUUACUCUUUUGGCUUUAAUUACAUGACCCCAAAUGAUGCCUACAUGACUGGCGGAGAUUUUAUCAACAGUCUCGUUGACAUAGUUAGCAAGAAUGACGCCGGCAAGUGGCUGUCCACACAUGGCGAGUCUAUCUACGAGACUCGAUUCUGGUGGACUACUUCUGGACAGAAUAACUUCCGCUAUACCACCUGCCCUCAGUACUUAUCGGCGUUUUACAUCCACUACCUUACGAAGCCUCCUUCAUACUUGGUCGUUCCCGACCUUGUACCGUACCUACUAGGCGAUACUGUUACGCUGCUGGGCGGCAGUGGCGCCGGAACUGUUAUCAAGGUUGACUGGCUUAGCAACGGCUCGAUUGCUCUACAUAUCCCGGAUGAGGCUAUUAACGGUGAUGAGUAUGUUUGGACCUUUAAACUAGAUUAUACUAGCAGCUGGUAG